AUGUCUCGUUCUUCGUGGUGGAGCUCAACAACCUACAAUGAAUAUGACUUCCUCGUUGCUCCUAAAAGCAAUCCAACGGAGUCUUCAAAAAACAGCGCAAAAGAAAAAUCAAGUCCAGUGAGUGAAGCAUCUAAUACUUCUGAGGCUUGCUCAAGAAAAAUACAGGAUAAAGAUGCUCCUAACACAAUACCAAUACCACAAAACCAAAAUAGCGGUUACAAGCGUGGUCGUGUCGAACAAAGAAGUAAAACUUCCUCAUGGAGUUGGUGGUCUUCCUCAUCGAGUGGCCGCUCACACAUGAACAGUAGUAGCCCUGAAGAGAAACAUAAGUAUCAUGAUGAUGCCUCAACUUAUGAUAGCGACAAAGAUAGUAAUAGUUCUUCUGUUGACAUUUCCUCUUCGAUAAGUGAGACUCAUAGUGAAAAUAAAAAAUCUCACCAAUCAGUAGAAAUAAAUCCCAUAGAUUCCGCAGAAAAGGAGCACAAAAAGCCGUCGGAAACCGCAACCAUCAUAGAGAAUUCAGAGGAGCAUACUGUUGUUAAUAAAGCUUCCGAUCCAAGAUCAUCAUCUUCCUGGUGGCUAUUCGGAAACAAUAAUAACAAUAGUCGAUCAUCCGAAAAAUUCGACACUACUAAAACUACCAUCAACACUAAUACGGUAAUAGACAACAAAUCAACCACAGAUCUUUCACAAAUAAAAGUAGUUACUAAAGACUCUAGUAUCACACAACAAAAUGAGGAACCAGAUCAGUCGAAAAAUCCAAUAAAAAGCUCCACCACUUCAAUACAGAACGGAUAUUCAACGGUGAGGGUAAAGAAAACGUCAUCGGAUACAAAACGGUGGUCACUGUUCGGUACGUGGUCAUCAUCAACAUCCACAUUGAACUUGUUGGAGAAUAAUGACAGGAGUGAGAACAAUAAGACCGACGAUGAGGCUUCCUCGACAGAACCGGACGCUCCUCUAUCACGAUCAUCAACUUUACCUACAACGCUCCCUCCGUCAAACAUCACACCAUCGCCUUCCGCCAAAGAUUCACAGAAAUCAUCGACAAAUCCUCAAAACAAGCAUGAAGCCAACCCAUUGGUCCAAUCACUCUCCAAAAAUAAGCAGUCGUGGUUGGACUUUUUUACAAACGGACCUCCAUCUCAAACGAACGUGGCCAGAAUAAAAAAGAAUUCGAGCAUCAAAAUGAUCACCGACGGUAAACCCGAUGAUACAUUGCCCGUGAUAAACGAAGUACCAAAAUCGAUGAAUACGUUCGAUGAAGGGAAAGCAAAACCGGUUGUAAUAAAAUCUUCGCCAAAAUUAAAGCCGGUGCCUCUCAACGUUGUGUUGCCAACGUUUGAUGAAUUUGCGAUAAAUAAGCCUCGUAAAAUUCCAAAUUCACCCAUCCAACAAACUCUUCAUAUUAUAAAUUCAUAUUUCUUUCCGCCAGACAAACCUCUCGAAGGUGGUCUGCCCAAAUGGCUCGAUGAAAUUACUCGUUCCACCGUUGACGUUAAACGUAUUGCCAUCAUUGGUGUGCAUGGAUGGUACCCUACAAAAUUUGUGAGGUCCGUGGUUGGGGAACCAACAGGUACGUCGCAAAAAUUUUGUGACAUGAUGGCCAAAGCCGUGUUGGGAUAUCUCUCUCAGCAUAACAUCAGCCUUCCAAGUGAUGCGAUCACUUGCAUACCGCUUGUGGGUGAAGGCACGAUAGAAGCUCGGGUGAAAUUAUUAUACGAAAAUUUGAUGCACAAUAAAACAUGGUGUGAAGCUUUAUCUUUAGCAGACGUUGUAUUUGUUGCAACCCAUUCUCAAGGGACACCCGUUAGCACAAUCCUCCUUUCUCGACUCAUCAAUGAGCGUCUGGUGAAUCCAAGGAGACAACGUAUAUGCAUGCUAGCCAUGGCUGGGAUAUCACAUGGACCUUUUCCUUACUUGUUAAAGAAUUAUCUCAUAACUUAUUACAUUGGAACAUCUGAUCCGUCCAAGGAACUGUUUGAAUUCAUGAAUCCCGAAAGUAUGAUUUCCAAAAAGUAUCACGAGGCACUCAAAACUGUGAUCAAUUGUGAUGUUAAAAUAGUGUAUGCCGCAUCUCUGGAUGACCAAGUAGUACCGCUAUACUCCGGCCUAUUUACAGGUCUCAGUCACCCAUCAAUUAUGCGUGCAAUUUAUAUUGAUGGUCCAUUAUAUCAAGAAAACGACUUCUUAACAAAUUUAAUCGUUUUUUGCAUACGAUUACGAAACGCUGGUAUACUUGAUCACGGUUUGAUAGUUCAGUUAAGUGAGGUGGCCGCCGGUCCUAUAUAUGGCGAAGGACAUUCAUCAUUGUAUACUGAGAUCGAUGUUUACACACUGGCGGUGCGUUAUCUUUUUGAGACUGCACCUUUGGGAAGGCACGAAAUUAAAAUUGAUAAAUUUCAAGCACAACAUAAAAACAAUCCAUCUUAUCUCCCAUGGGCGAUGCGUGGGAUAUUAGAAGACAAAAAUGUUACCAGAAGCCGGGGACUUGUGCAUGAGAUUAAUAUAUUGAGAAAACAAUACAAGGAGUGGGAACCUACGACAAAGAUUAUGAAAGAUAUUAAGCUUCGCCUGGAACCUUUCAAAGACAUUAUCCUUGAGAGAGCGAGACUAUGA